UGCUGCUGGCACUGACGUACGAGCCCGCUCGCCAAACACCUCCUGCCCCGGCCCCGCCGAGCUGGCCCUGCUCGGCACCGCGCUGCUGGCAUGGCCGUGCCGCGGCUCUGAGCCCAGCCCAGCCCCGACCCCGGCCCAUGGACGGCAAAACCUCCCCGACCACUGCCUCGCCCAGCAGUGUCACUCCCAGCCUGCUCCAUGUCUCCACGGCCAGCAGCAUCUUCGGCACCCGACCUUCGCCACCUCGAGAGAACGUCCUGGGCAUCAGCUUCAAACCCUACAGCCCCGAGUCCGGCCCGGCCCCGAGCCCCUGCUCGGCCUGCGACAGCACACGAUCCUCCAUGUUCAGAGCUCCCUGCAUGAGCCAGCGGCGGCUCGCGCUCAUCUUCUGCGUCUCCGUGCUCAUCGUGCUGCUCAUCGCCCUCAUCCUGCUGUUGAUGGGGAGCGCUCCAGAUGCCCACCCAGGUGGGGCACAGCCCUUCACCCACGGCCAGGCCUGGCCUCAGCGUGGUGUUCUCCUGCUUCCAGUCAUGUUCUGGAGGUCACAGACAGGCAUCCUGUACAAGGAGCCAGCAGAGAGCUGCAAGGACAGCGCCGUGCGCUGCGACGGCGUCGUCGACUGCUCCCAGAGGAGCGACGAGCUGGGCUGUGUGCGCUUCUCAUCUGAGGAGUCCUUGCUCCACGUCUACUCCAGCACUGAGAGCCAGUGGCUGCCGGUGUGCAGCAGUGACUGGGACGAGUCCCUCUCCAGGAAAACCUGCCAGCAGCUGGGAUUUCAGAAUGCGUCCCAGACCGAGUACAUCCCCCUGCGUGUCCCUGGCAAGAGCCUCACGGUGACUGACGAGCGAGAGACCAUCCAGCAGAGCCUCAACAGCUCCCAGUGUCUCACGGGAAAGUACGUCUCCCUGCGAUGCACAACCUGCGGGCAGAGGAUUUCUGGCCGGAUCAUCGGUGGGAAGGAGACCUCUGUGAACAAAUGGCCCUGGCAGGUCAGCGUGCAGUACGGGCCCAUCCACAUCUGCGGUGGCACCAUCAUCGACGCGCAGUGGGUGCUCACCGCUGCCCACUGCUUCUUCAUGAACAGCAUGAAGAUCCUGGACGACUGGAAGGUGUACGGAGGGGUGUCGGACCUGAAGCAGCCCAUGGAGGGCAUCCCUGUGUCCCAGGUCAUCAUCAACUCCAACUACAGCGACGACCACGACGACUACGACAUCGCCCUCAUGAAGCUCUCCAGGCCACUGACACUCUCAGCCCAGGUGCGCCCCGCCUGCCUGCCCAUGUACGGCCAGCGAUUCCAGACCGGCCGGUCCUGCUUCAUCACCGGCUUCGGCAAGACCAGGGAGAACGAAGAUAACACCUCCCCGAAGUUGCGGGAGGCCGAGGUGAAGCUGAUCGACUACAAGAUCUGCAACAGUGACAAGGUGUACGAGGGCUACCUGACCCCCCGCAUGAUGUGCGCCGGGUACCUGCAGGGAGGCAAGGACGCCUGCCAGGGUGACAGCGGAGGGCCCCUGGUGUGCGAGGACGAUGGUCGCUGGUAUGUGGCCGGGGUGACGAGCUGGGGGACAGGAUGUGGCCAGAAGAACAAGCCCGGAGUGUACACACGUGUGACAAAGCUCCUCAGCUGGAUAUACAGCAAAAUGGAGCCCGCUCUCCUCUCUGUCCCUUGCAGAGUGAAAAUGACUAAGGGCAGGAUGGACCCCGUGCCACUCCGGCUGGCACGGCCACUGCCCCAAGCUGCUGCCAGGGCACGAUGCCACCAGCCAGCCCCCACCUCUCUGGACUGUCCCUGCAGCCAGGGACCCGUGGCUGCCCCCGAAACCUGGAAACAGCACCUGCAAAGUGCCCCUGCCCUCGCCUGGUGCCAGGGGUGGCACGGUGGUGGCUGGGCACAGCACCCAGCCAGGACUUGGGGGACACAGCCCAUGCCAGCAGCUGGCCGUGCUGGCUGGGGGACACCUCCCUGCCCCUGUCUGUGGCUCUCCUGUAAAUAGACCUGUCUGGACAGGCUGUGCGAGUGCUUCCUGGAGGGGCCCUGGCGCACUCAGCGGGCGAGGGGCUGCCAGCAGUGCCCGUGGAGAGGGACCUCUCUCCUUUAGCCAGGUUGUGCCACCUCAGGGUGCAGGAUGUGGCAGCUGUGUCCACACUGCCACACCUGCGGGCCCCGCUGGCGGCUCUGCUCCCGGGGGAGCCCCGAGCUGCGGAUAUUCCUCCCUCUGGGAGGGGCGGCCGCUGCCCUGGUGUUUGAGGAGGGAUUUAGGAAGUGCCUUUUAUGGGAUGUCCCUGCCUGCCAGAGAAAGGCCGCCUUGUUUAUUUUUCCAUGCCGUGGCUCCGGUCUGAGCCGGCGCUCCCUCCCAGCCCCGCAGCCGCUCUCAGUCUGCUCCGGGCAGGGUUUGGGGAGCUCCGAGCCCCGGGGGUGGCCGUGGCAGCUGUGACAGAACCAGCGGCAGCCAAAGGCCACGCUGGAGUGUGGUUCAGAGCAAUCACCCUGGUGGGCAGAGCCCAGAGGGAGCAGCCCUGGAUCUCCCUGCUGGGAGCUCUGCGGUGCCCGAGUGCUGGCUCCUGCCUGCAGGGAUGGCACAGCCUGUCCUGCCUGCCCGUACCCCAGCAGGGACAUUUCCCUCGGGGAAACAGUGCCUUCAUCUCCUGGUGGAUGCUGGGGAGCACAAGGAGAUGCCCGGGGCGAGCAGAGCCUGCCUGCUCCCCUCCCCAGCCCUGUGGUCAGCUGCAGGGGGGGGUCCUGUGGAGCCUGGCCACCCUGCACUCUUCUAAUAAAUGUUUUGGUAGUGUC